AUGGCUGUCCCCAAUGUUGGGGACUUACUAAUGAUGUCUCAAGUUGCCUGGCAGACUGGACGAGCUUUUACCGCAGGUCGCAAAGAUGCGCCAACCGAGUUUCAAGCCGUUGAAACCGACAUUGCCGGACUCUCAGAGGCCCUGAAGCAGCUGGCAGAAACGCUACACGCAGAGGCCAAUGAUAGCUUGAUCUCCAGGUCCGAUCGAGCCGUCCAACACGGUGUCGCACUAGUUGUAGCCACCUGCCAAAGAACAAUACAUGACCUCGACUCACUGGUCAAUCGGUACCAGGUUAUCAGAAAGCACCGCACCGUUGGCGGCUUUGCAAUCGAGCGGAGCUGGAGCGAUCUGGUUCUUACUCAAUAUGAGACCAUCCUGUGGACUACAGAAGGAGGUAGCCUUCACGAUCUCAGCAGCUUACUGCAGAUGCACACAUCAUGUAUAUGCCUUCUCGCCGAGGCAAUACAAAGGCAAGUGUCUGCCACGUCGUCCAGAAAGCAGCACUGACGCAGUGCAGCAAUUCUCUGGAGCAAUUAGAGAAUGCCGUCACUCCCAUGGCCAACCGGUUUGAUAGCAUGCAUCUAGACGACGAACUUGACGACGUUUCCCGCUUUAUACGAGAACUGGCCAUCGCCAAUCACUCGAGAAAAGCACCACUUGUACCUCGACGUAAUCUGGCGAGAUCGCCUGCGGCAGAAGCCCCGGAUCCGCUCAAUGCCACACUGGUGCCGCUCUUCCCGCUAGCCUUGUCCCCUCGACAGACCACUUCAAAUGUGGCAUCCCCCCUCCCGCAUCAACGAUCUGUAUCAACAGAAUCCUCAACAUCGAAAUCAGUCAGCAAUGACGUAGCUGCUGCCCCAGCAGCUUGUAUUGUUCAAAAUCCGCGGACGCCGCCUCGAAAGCGUGUGUCUGAAUUCAGCUUUGGUGGCUCAUCAGCACGCGAUUCUACCAGUAGCUACGCUUCAUCAACAUCGUCUGGGCCAUCGCGCAACUCCCUAAAUAGCAGACAUGCACUUGUGGCUGUCUCGAAAUCACCGCCUCUCCUGGGAACACCCGAGCUGGGUGAGCCCGUACAAGUAAAUACCGGCUCAUUGUCUCUCCUUCCACCACCAGCCUUGAGGCCACCAUCAACGCAUUCGACUCGGACCAUGGAUAGAAAACGGUCAAACUCCACCCUGAGCGCGUUUCCUGCGCAACAAAACAGUAUCACAAAACUGCACUGUAGUUCCACCACAGCAAGCCAGAAAUCAACAUUCGAGAAGGAAGCUUUUCGCAAUUCUGCUGUGCUUUGCGACGUCCGUGGCAGAAUCGUGGAAUACUCCCAGCUGACCGUGCCCGACCCGGACUACCCUAGUGGCUUUGCCGACAUAGAAAUGGUAGAAGCUUGUGAUUCGUGCCGCAUCGCCGUCGUUCGGAAACGCACCACCGACCCCACUACCAAGAUCGUCCGCGUCGUAACCUCGAUAUGGGCCUUCAGCGACGACAACAACGUGCGCGUCGAGCUCAAAAUGGAAGACGAUGAGAUGUACAUACCCUAUUUGAGCUACUUCUCACCAGCAAAAGUCAGCAUGACAGUAGCCUGUGAGCUCAGAUUCCACGAUGUGAGGUACGGUAACCGACUAAUCAAGACGGCAAAGACGACUUGGGUGAACUACGUAUUUGAAGAUGCGCAAGCAGCGGCGCUCUUCCAGAACGAGAUCAUGGGCCGCAGCCUCCUAGCCACAUUCCGCACAUCCAAGACCAUGCGCAUUCAUGAGGGUACGCUGGCGAGCUUUGCAUACGCAGAGCAGAUGUGUGCGCUGGAGAAUUUGAGGGUGUGGGAGGAUACGGACACAGACGCCAUCAUAGGCCUCAUACACUUCUCGGCGAGUUUCAGGGCAGGCUAUCUGGCCUUCUAUCUCAAUUCGAGUACCCAUCCGGUAAAAGUGCAGUCCGUCAGUGGGAGGGAGGUCAAGAUCAAAGGGCUGAAAGUGCCCAUUGCGGAGGCUGGCCGGGCGAUGAGGAAAGAUAGCGUUGUCGAUGAUGCAGAAAUCAUCACCGAAGCAUGCGAGGCAGAUCGUAGACAAGAGGAGGGUAGUGGAACGAGUGAAGGAAGCGGAAGCAGUACGACGAAGAAAGGCAAAGGUAAGGGCAAGGGCAAGAGGGCGGACGUUGACAGGAAGAAGGUCAUUUCGGGUGUGAAGAUUGAGUUUGCAACCGAGAUGGAGAAGAGAGAAUUCUUGGAUCUGGUUGCAGAGUAUCAGAGACCCGAGCGGCUGUGCGAAUUACCUGAUCUAAUGGGCGUGAAUUAG